UGUCCACACGCAGUCGGUGUCGUCUCCCGCGCCUCUUCUAACGUGCGCGUCUCGCGGACACGGAAACAGCUUUUUAAUCUGUAGUGACGUUGUUUCCCGCCCUUUUUGAACGUCACUUAAAAAUGAUACGUUCCGCAGAGACGUGCCAAUGCCCGAUACGAGAGAUAGGUCCUGCAAUGGCGGACUCUUGCUCGGGGCAUUCGGUACUGUUGUUCAUGACUGUACUGGAAGCGUUCAUCAAUGGCCGCUGCGACCUUGCCGAUCCUUGCAACCGCCUCGAUAACAAAGACAAUCCUGACGAUGAUUACGAUUUUGUUGUGAUCGGUGGCGGCACGGCAGGCUCUGUAGUCGCUGGCAGGCUCUCAGAAAACCCGCAAUGGAAGGUGCUACUAUUAGAGGCCGGUGGAGAUGAACCCUUGUCAUCAUCAGUCCCGGCUUGGGUGACAGCCUACUGGGGGCGAAAUGACACCGAUUGGAUGUAUUACACCGAGCCCCAGGAGAAGGCAUGUCUCGCGGAUGGCGGCAAGUGCUACUGGCCUAGAGGGAAAUUACUUGGUGGCUGUUCAACAAUAAACGGCAUGAUGUACAUGCGGGGCCACCCCGCGGACUACGACGGGUGGGCGGUGAACGGCGCGCACGGCUGGUCCUGGCACGAAGUCUUCCCCUACUUCCUUAAGAGUGAGGACAACAAGGAAAUUGGUAGCGGUGUCUCCGGACAGUAUCAUAAUAUCGGUGGACCGAUGCCUGUACAGAGAUUCCGUCACGCGCCGCAGUUCGCUCACGACGUGGUGGCGGCCUCCAUAGAGCUAGGUUUCCCACCUACUGGCGACCUCAACGGGGAGAGCACCACUGGCUUCACACUGGCACAGGCCUUCAAUGAGGGUGGAUCAAGAUAUACAACGUCCCGUGGUUUCCUUCGUCCAGGAGCAAGACGAGCAAAUCUAGACGUAGUGUUCAAUGCCCUAGGGUCUAAAGUCAUUGUAGAUCCCGCCACUAAGAUUGUUACCGCUGUUGAAUAUAUUAAAGACGGGGUCACGAAGACUGUUAAAGUUAAUAAAGAGGCAAUACUUUCAGCGGGUACACUCAAUUCUCCUCAAAUUUUACUCCUCUCUGGUAUUGGACCUAAAGAUACGUUGAACAAAUUCAACAUACCAGUCAUUCAAGACCUUCCCGGAGUAGGACAAAACUUACAAAACCACGUCGGAGUUAAACUGGACUUCACUCUGAUGAAGGAACCGGACUUGCCUGUGCUGGACUGGGCCGCCGCUAUGGAUUAUAUGCUGAAGAGAGAAGGACCGCUGUCUUCUACGGGAAUGUCUCAGUUGACAGGUAUGGUGAACUCGAAGUACGCGCCCGCGGGCGGCCGCCAGCCCGACAUACAGUACUUCUUCGGCGGGUACUACGCGAGCUGCAGCGACGGCAACACGAUAGAGCCUGCGCAGUACGCCGCUACCGACCGCAGGAACAUCAUGAUAGCAGCGAUAGCCCUGCAGCCUCGCAGUCGCGGCUACAUCACACUGAGGUCAACAGACCCCACUGCCCCGCCUGUCAUGCAGCCAAACUACUUCUGCGACGAACACGAGAUGAACGUAAUCGUAGAAGCAGCUAGAAUUGCUUACCGUCUCGCUAAUACUACGUUAUUACGAGAGAAGUACGGCAUGGUACCGACCCCGGGAUAUGGUGACAAUUGUCCUGGCGGCGGAGCCAACCCCACUGACGAGUUCUUCAGGUGCCUGGCGCAGUACCAAACGGCACCUGAGAACCAUCAGGUCGGAACCUGCAAGAUGGGGCCGAGAAUAGACCCCAUGGCGGUCGUGGACCCACAGCUUAGAGUACACGGGAUUGAAGGUCUUAGAGUAAUCGAUGCUGCAAUCAUGCCAACCAUAACAACCGGCAACACAGCAGCACCUACAGUGAUGGUGGCGGAGCGCGGCGCUGAGUUUAUACGAAGCAGACAUCAGCUGUACAAACAUAUACCGUUCAGCGGACAUAGAAACUAUUUUGGUGAUAGCUCACAGCAAGACGACGAUAGAUGGCAUAUCGUCCACAAGGAGGAAAAGUGGGUCAACUGGAAAUGGGACAGGAACUGGAACUGGGAAAACAGACGGAACGAACAAAAACCCAAUUGGAUCAAAAAGCAGAACACACCUGUAGCAGCUGCUAGUAAUUAAGUUAAUAAAAGAAUACAUUUCGUUAGUCACAUCUCUUUUUUAAUAAACCGACUGAAAAUGGAUAUCAAAGCCCGCUACAUACCGUCAGUUGACACUUUUAACUGAAGAGAAUUGUUCAAUUAAAACUGUGCAUCUGUCUGUUUUGCUUGUACACACAGUUUUAUCUGAUUUUAACUCAGUAGUUCAGUUAAACUGUCAGAACCUGUCGUUUGGUGCGGGCUUUGUCGCGGGUCGCACUAGUGGAAUAAGGGCUUAACACCACCAAGAUACCUUAUCCACAGAUAAGAGAAUAUUUUGGUUAAUAAGAAAUAAAAAUCAAUUUAGAAACUAAA